AUGGCAGGCUCUUUGUGGGAUGUAAUUGUGUCCUGCCAGCCCGUUCUAAUGACAGCAAAACCCUCUGACUCUCCACUGCCCAAACUGACUCGAGCGUUCGCAUCUAUUCAUUGGGUUUCUUUCUGUGGGCUUGUUGGUCUGAGUUUAGAGUCCUGGGAGGUGCCUUUUGAAGAAAUCUCCGACCUGCAGUGGGUAGGCAGCGGGGCACAGGGCGCCGUCUUCCUCGGCAAAUUCCACGGAAACGACGUGGCUGUGAAGAAAGUGCGGGACAUCAAGGAGACCGAGAUCAAACACCUCCGCAAACUCAAGCACCCCAACAUCAUCACUUUUAAGGGCGUGUGCACCCAGGCUCCUUGUUACUGUAUCUUGAUGGAAUACUGUGCCCAAGGCCAGCUGUACGAAGUGCUGAGAGGGUGUCGCAAAAUCACCCCCUCCCUCCUGGUUGACUGGUCCAUGGGCAUCGCGGGUGGUAUGAACUACCUGCACCUCCACAAAAUCAUCCAUCGAGACCUCAAGUCCCCCAACAUGCUGAUCACACACGAUGACCUGGUGAAGAUCUCAGACUUUGGCACCUCCAAGGAGCUCAGUGACAAGAGCACCAAGAUGUCAUUCGCCGGCACCGUAGCCUGGAUGGCUCCUGAAGUCAUUCGGAACGAGCCGGUGUCGGAAAAGGUGGACAUCUGGUCCUUUGGAGUGGUGCUGUGGGAGAUGCUAACUGGAGAGGUCCCGUACAAAGACGUGGACUCAUCUGCCAUCAUCUGGGGUGUGGGAAACAACAGCCUCCAGCUGCCCAUACCUGAGAGCUGCCCCGACGGCUUCAAGAUCCUCCUCAGACAGUGCUGGAACUGUAAGCCACGGAAUAGGCCCUCUUUCCGUCAGAUCCUUCUUCAUCUGGAUAUAGCGUCAGCCGACGUGCUGUCCACUCCACAAGAGACGUACUUCAAGUCUCAGGCUGAAUGGCGAGAAGAGGUGAAACAGCACUUUGAGAAGAUUAAAUCUGAGGGCACCUGUAUCCACCGACUUGAUGAGGAGCUGAUCAACCGACGCAGAGAGGAGCUCAGGCAUGCUUUGGACAUUCGCGAGCACUACGAGAGGAAGCUGGAUAGAGCUAACAACCUUUACAUGGAGCUCAGCGCUGUCAUGCUGCAGCUGGAGCUCAAAGAGAAAGAGUUGCAGAAGAGAGAGCAGUCUUUGGAUAAAAAGUAUCCAGGUUUGUUCAAGCAUCAAAGCUCCAGGCAGAGCAGCUCCUCCAACACGAUGGACAAACUCAUCAAGAAGAGAAAUGUCCCACAGAAACUGCCCUCAGGAAAGAGGCCAGACAUCCUCAAGUCUGAGGUAAUCAUUCCAAAAAUGGACUCCUCUGUGAUGCAAGUCAAUAUACCAGUCUGCCCCAACAGGAGCUCCACUUCUCCCAGUCGGUCCCGGAGGGUAAAGACCCGCCAUCGCAAGUCUGGUAAGGGCAGCAGCGGGGACCUAGCUGGACUUAAGGCAAAUCAGUCCUCCCCGAAUAGGGACAAAACUGCCCAGGCUAACAGUUCGACCACUAACACCUCCAAGCAGCUCCUGGAGCCCUCUGCAGCCCUGCGGGGCCUCAGCCACGAGCAGCAGCAGAGGCAGCUGUCCUCCUCCAGCCCCGACCUCAUCUGCACCACACUAGAGGCCGAGGGCCAGGGGAAAGGGGAGCCCUCUGUGGGCGGGCUGGAGAGAGGGGUGAGCCACAGUGCCUCUGCGGGGUUAGGGGGAUCAGAGGCGGGGGCAGCCGGUCUGGACGACCUCACAGAAACCCCCCCACGCAGCGACACGCCGAGCGAGGAUGCGGCGUCGUUCCCGUUCUCCAGCAGCCCCGACUCACCGUGUGGGAGAGGCGCGGCGGCAGGGCGGGGCUCUCUGGGAUCUCCUCGUCUGCCUCAUGACGGGGAGGAUAAAGAGGAGGGAGCCGGCGCCGUCCGGUUGCCCCGCGGGGCGUCUGGGGGGAUCGGGAGUCAGCACCUCACUCCUUCAGCCAUUCUGUACAGGGCAGCUAUCUCACGCAAACAGAGGCGUGGAGUGUCAUCAGAAGAAGAGGAGGGUGAAGUUGACAGUGAGGUUGAGUUACCACGGAGACGACGUCCGACGAGCAUCACCAAGUGCCCGUCGGUGUCCACCUUCAGCUCAGAGAACCUGUCCGUGUCGGACGGCGAGGAGGGCCACACGACCGACCACUCUCACAGCGGCACCCCCGACGUGGUCAGCACCAACACAGACGACCGGUUGGACGACCGCAGCGACGACCUCCUCUCUCAAGGGUCGGAGAUCCCCGCGGACAACACCGAUCCGGCGCAGGCUUCCGGCGGCCUGUCGGAGAGAGACGGAGCGCCGGGGCACGCCAAGGCUCAGCUGGACGUCGGGCAAAAUCCCAACGAGAGUCGGGCCCUGUGUGACGACUCUGACUGCGACAGCGCAGAGCUGGAUCAGUCGGGCAGCGGAGAGCCAAGUCGUCCCCCCAGCGCCGGAGCAUGGGGGUCUCAGCCCCAUCCGGGGUCUCCACAGGCCCCCGCUACAGGACCUCCAUAGAUCACUGGCUGCUAGCCAAUGCCUCACGCGACCAGUAAUGCAGUACAUUACUGUUGCGACGAGGGAUCCCACCUCCUACACCACUCAGACUAUGACAAGUGGACUUAUGGUGUCUCAUAAGUUUGUUGGCUGGCAAACCUACACCAGAUGACAUAGGACAUUUGUCGUAACCUGACAUCAGAUAUUUUUGGCAGCUUGUGACAUCCGGUAAAUGUCAUUUAAGUUUAGUAGGGUUUUUUUUCUUUUUCUUUCAGGCAAAAGUUACCGAGGUAACGUUAGCCACGUUAGCAGAAACCCUUCCACGGACCGCACACGCACGCACAAGGUACCACACUUGUUGUCCUUUAAACACUAAUCCUCACUCUGGGAGCAUCCUCCAUGAUACUCCACACACUAAUGCAUCGAAUACUAAUGAAUAAUAAUGUAAAUAUCCAUUACAUACCACAUGAGAAAUAUCUAACUUUAUUUUAUUUGUAAGAUACAAAUGUAAGACUAAACAGUAUGCAGCCCUGUGAACAAAUGCAUGACUACGUGUUUAUAAUUUAUGAUUCGAAUGUGUCAAGUUUUAUAUUUUGUGAAAGUUUACACUUUUUUAAUCCUGAAAGUAUUACUUCAGUUACUUUAGUUUUUUUUGUUUGUUAAUUAAUAAAUGUCAGCACUCAAGAAAAAAAAUAAUGGAAUGAAAAUCUCACCAAGACGUCAAUCAUGAUGCUUAAUUAGGAUUCUCAGUAGGUACCAUAUUAUUUUUUAACCCUCCUACUACUGAGUUUCGAAUACACAUAAGACAUGAUUGAGUUUUUUUAUUAAGCUUAUCAAAGAAUGAUAUGAUGGGAGACCUUUGGGUUCACUCAGAAAAUGCACUUUUGCCAUUGUAUGGUUUGGACAGUGUUGUUUGUGUUUUUAUUCGUAGGAUGUGUAAUGAGUCACUACCAUUGCUAACCAAGGUACUAUAUAAGUAACACACACUGGUGCUCUAGUAAAGGAGUACUUGCACUCCUAUAACAUUGUAAGACUCCCAAUGAACUGUUUAAAGAAAAGAAAAAAGGGCAGAAUCGAUGCAGCAGAACCAGAAAUAACAUCAUCUUUAAUCCACACUCUUCUUUCUGGUCAAAACCUAACGCCUACAUUACCCACAAUGCAACUCAAUUCGGUUUUUGCAUUAUGCUGGCAGCGAUGAGGAGCUAAGAACACCUUCUUUCUAACUCCACACCUCUUUAUUUUUCCAUUUCUCCAAAAUGAUGCAGACUCAAAUGACAUCCCACGAGGCAGGUCAGUUAGUUGUGUAAAAAAAUUAUUUAUACAACUUUGUAAAUCUUCGUGUGUAAAAUUGGGUGAGUUCCACUUUAAGUUUAGAACCAAAAGGACUCCUGUAGUUCAUGAUGUUCAUAAAGAACCUCAACUGUCCCCUUUACCCUUUAAGAUAACUGCUGAUAGCCAGAUAAGGAAUAGAGCACUUCUCCAUGGUGGUUAAUAGUAUAACAGUAAGUAUCCUUUGGGUUUAAAUAGAAAUGUUUUCUUUUUUAUACAGCAUUGCACAUUGUACCUGUAACAUAGGAAUUAUAUCGAAAAGCAAAAUAUUAUGAGCAACAAUAAAUAAUGUGUUGGUUUAAAAAA